AUGACGGAACCCAAACGAUCAAGAAGACAUAAGAUCUUGGAGAAUAGGGUUGAAGAGCUACAUUUGGAGAAUGGAGAUGCCCCGGGCAGGUUGGGGAAAGAGAUCAAGGAGGAGGCUACAAAUAGCGACGGGUCCUCACCUAAGGAUACUUCCAUGAAAUCCUUUUCACAAUCGCCCAUAAAGACAGAAAUACCUACGCAGUCACCUUCUACGGGAAGCGAGAAGCAUGAGGAGGUCGUGGGUGGCGAAGUGACUGUGAAGCUGGAGCCGGGUCAUCCCCCCAAGCUCGCUCGCAGCAGCUCCCACAAGAUUAUAUCUAAGCCAGCUCCUUUAUUUCACGAUCACCCGAGUAAGACCGAAGAGUCCAGACAUACCUUCCAGGUGCUAGAACAAUGUUCCUACACUUCGAAGUACAUUGGGUCUACGGAGCAUGGCUCUAUGGAUUGCGACUGCGCAGAGGAGUGGGAUAGCUUCACGAAGACCAACUCAGCAUGUGGGCACGACUCAGACUGCAUCAAUCGUGCGACGAAGAUGGAAUGUGUCAGCGAUUGUGGAUGUGGAGCUGAGUGCCAAAACCAAAGAUUCCAACGACGACAAUUCGCAGACGUGACGGUCUUCAAAACAGAGAAGAAAGGUUAUGGUCUACGAGCUGAUACAGAUCUUAAUCCUGAUGAUUUCAUUUACGAGUAUAUUGGAGAGGUCAUCGACGAAGCCCGCUUCCGCCGCCGCAUGGUCCAAUACGACGAAGAAGGCAUCAAGCAUUUCUACUUCAUGUCCCUCACGAAAGGUGAAUUCGUCGAUGCCACUAAGAAAGGCAACUUGGGGAGAUUCUGCAACCAUUCCUGUAAUCCAAAUUGUUACGUGGACAAGUGGGUGGUGGGUGAAAAACUUCGAAUGGGUAUCUUUGCCGAGCGGAAAAUCAAAGCCGGAGAAGAACUUGUAUUCAAUUACAACGUUGAUAGGUAUGGUACUGAUCCACAACCUUGCUAUUGUGGUGAGCCCAAUUGCACUGGCUUCAUCGGUGGUAAGACUCAAACCGAGCGUGCAACUAAAUUGUCAAAUACAACAAUCGAGGCCCUCGGUAUCGAAGAUGGCGAUGGUUGGGAUACCGCCGUCGCGAAGAAGUCCCGCAAGAAGAAGGUUGGGGAAGAGGAUGAAGAGUACGUCAACAAUGUCCAACCCAAAUCCCUGGAUGAGGAUGGCGUCACCAAGGUCAUGGCCACCUUAAUGCAAUGCAGGGAGAAAUGGAUCGCCGUCAAGCUGCUAGGUCGAAUCCAGCGCUGCGAUGACGAACGAGUGCGUAAUCGGGUCGUCAAGAUGCAUGGAUAUCAAAUCCUCAAUUCGACCCUAAUUCUAUGGAAAGAGGACUUCAACGUCGUUCUACAAGUCUUCGAUAUCCUCGGCAAAUUCCCUCUUCUAACACGAAACAAGAUCAACGACUCCAAGAUAGAAGCAACUGUCGAGAGUUUGAAAGAUUGUGGCGAUGACAUGGUGAAUUCACAAGCUCAGGGGCUCUUGGAUGCAUGGAGUAAACUCGAAGUCGCUUACCGCAUACCUCGUAAGAAGCGCGAUGUACUAAACAACACGACUACCACCACCCCGGAAUUUACGAAUCGCUCGGGACGGCGGGAUUCAAGUCGCGAAGAACGAAAGGCGCGCUCCAGGUCCCGUUCACGAUCGAAGUCCAGGUCACGCUCACGAUCAAUCGACGCUCCAAAAGGACCAGCAGCACCCAAUGGCCCACGGUCAAACUUCCCUCAGCGAGGUCCUGGUUUCUAUAAUGGGCCCAGAGGUCCCUAUCGGUCGCGACCUUUCGGUGCGUUGCCUGAAGGCUGGUUUGCGGCGCAGGAUGACGACGGCAGGACGUAUUACUACGAUCUGAGUGGCAAAACGACGUGGCAGAGACCCACGAUGGUAGCGCGGCCACCACCCCCUCCUCCUAAACCUACUUCUACAAACAAAGCGCUUGAAGACAUAAUCAACCAGAUCACGAGUGCGAAAGCCAAUACCCCGAAAGAGAAACCAGCACCCUCGGCGACCCCGCAGGCCGUCAAUGGCAACGCAAAAAAGGAUACCAAAGGUGGCCCAGAAAAGUGGCGUACUUACGGGGAAGAGAAGCAGAAGAAAUUAUAUGAGAACACGCUGUUUCCACAUAUCAAGUAUGUAAUGGACAAAUUCAAGGGCAAGCUACCGAAGGACGAUCUGAAGCGUUUCGCGAAAGAGAUUUCGAAGAAGCUUGUGAGCUCGGAUUUUAAGAACCAUAGGGUAGAAGAUCCCACCAAGAUUUCGUCUCGACAAGAAAAGCACGUGAAGAAGUAUGUCAAAGACUACUUUGACAAAGCGGUUGCCAAGAAACGAGAGCAUGAAAAGAACAAAGCCGAGCGAAGGAGCAAGGAAGGAGAGUCGGCAGCAUCACCUACUUCGGCAACGGUUGCUGAGGUGAAGAAGGAGGAAGAGGAAAGCGAUGGGGAUCAGGAUAUGGCAAUGUCGGAUGACGAGGAAUAUGAGAAGCCGAAGCUGGAGUCAGCAACACCUGUGACACCAUCAGACCAACUGUUGCAAGCCGAGGGACUCAAGCGUAAGAGAGUCAACGAUGAGGAUCCUGCUAGCAUGAAGCUCGAGUACAAUGAAGCGACGCCAAGCAAGCGGCUCAAAUCAGAGAGUCCACCGCCGCCGCCGCCGCCACCGCCCCCAGCCGAUGGCACACCUCCGGAUCCAAUGUCUUUCUCCAACGGAGAAAUGGAUGAUGUUAAUCAACAUAACUAUGAGGCCAAUAGAUCGCUAAGCGACAUAGAGUCAAUGGGAGUGUCGCCAGAAAACAAUCGUGACGUUCUCCCACACCGAUCCACUUCAAACGAUACCACAAGAGCGGUCGAAGAUGAUGUUGAUAUCUCAGGCAAUGCCCACACUCCAGAUACACCGAGCGACCCGGAGUAUGAUGAGCAUGAACGACUUUUUGGUGGCCAUGGGCAGAGGCAUCUUUCUGAUAUCGAGGUACAUGGGGCCGCGUAA